AUGGUUGCUCGCGCUGAGCUGCAGCUGAAGCCUCUCCCAUACGCAAAAGACGCACUGGAGCCCACUAUUUCAGCGGCGACCCUGGAUGUCCACUGGGGCAAGCACCACCGUGCCUACGUGACCAACCUGAACAACCAGAUCAAAGACAAGCCACUGGCCAACAAGACCCUGGAGGAGAUCGUUGUGGAGACCUACAACAGCGGCAGCCCCACACCAGAGUUUAACAAUGCUGGCCAGGUCUUCAACCACGACUUCUACUGGGAGUCCAUCAGCCCCUCCCCCACCGAGCCCUCAGCGGAGCUGAAGGCGGCGAUUGAGAAGGACUUUGGGUCGCUGGAUGAGUUCAAGAAGCAGUUCAAGGCUGCCGGCGCGACGCAAUUUGGCAGCGGCUGGGCGUGGCUGGUCAAGGGCAAGGACGGCAAGCUGGCCGUGACAAAGACCCCCAACGCUGAGAACCCCCUGGUGUUGGGCCAGACCCCCCUGCUCACCAUGGACGUGUGGGAGCACGCCUACUACCUGGAUGUCCAGAACAAGAGGCCAGACUACAUUGAGAGCUUUGUGGAGAAGCUCAUCAACUGGAACGCGGUGAGCAUGCCGUUGGAUUUUCUUAUUGCUUAA